AUGGACGCAGCCAAUGCUCUGCGCAGAUUUGAAAUGGAGAAUGGGAUGACUGGAGCUGACUCGACAGCGGAUAUGAUGUAUUUUUACGAUGUCACAGACCAAAAGAAACAAGUCGAUGAGAAGCCUUGGAAUAAAGAUCCAAACUUUUUCAAAAAGGUCAAGAUAUCUGCUGUUGCCUUGAUCAAAAUGGUUCUCCAUGCACGCUCAGGCGGAACAAUAGAAGUCAUGGGACUGAUGCAAGGAAAAGUCAUGGGCGAUACGAUCGUCAUCAUGGAUGCAUUCGCAUUGCCGGUAGAAGGAACUGAAACUCGAGUCUCGGCUGCUGAUCAGGCAAACGAAUACAUUAUUCAAUACAAGGAACUCAUUAAAGAAGUGGGAAGGAUUGAGAAUCCAAUCGGAUGGUAUCACAGUCAUCCAGGUUACGGAUGUUGGUUGUCUGGAAUUGACGUCAGCACACAAAUGCUCAAUCAACAAUAUCAAGAUCCAUGGGUGGCAAUAGUGGUCGAUCCCAUUCGAACAAUAUCUGCUGGUAAGGUGGAGAUUGGCGCAUUCCGAACAUAUCCCGCUGGUUACAAACCACCAGAUGAAGGUCCUUCAGAAUACCAGACCAUCCCUCUCUCCAAGAUCGAAGACUUUGGUGUUCACGCGAAACAGUACUACCAAUUAGAAGUAUCAUGUUUCAAAUCGAGUCUCGACAACCAUCUGCUUGAAUUGCUGUGGCAUAAAUACUGGGUCAACACACUCUCAUCAUCCCCCUUGUUGACAAAUCGUGCCUACAAUGCUCAGCAGAUCGCAGAUUUGGCUGAAAAGAUUGAACAAGCUGAAUCCUCUCUUUCCCAAAGCUCUCGUUCGGCUUCGUACUAUGCAGGGUCUGCUGGUGCUGAAAAGAAGAAGGAGGAAGGACCAUUGUCUAAAGUUGCUCCUCCAAGGUAUCUAUUGAAUCGGCACAUGGAUUGA